GCACCCGCCGCCGCGCCUGAAGAGGCAAGAACGCGGCGGGCGACCGUUUGCUCGCGAGAGCAGAUCCCAGAAACGCGCUGUGCCACCGACUGUCACAUACGUGCGGCCUGCCGUCGUUGACGCCUCCGCCUGCUUGCUUGCUGCUGCUGCUGCUGCUGCUGCUGCAACGCCGUCGGCACCUGUCUGUCCGCUUGCUACACCACACCGCAGACACCACACUCCCUUCCCUGCUGACCGCACGUCUGUCCGCCUGUCUGUCAGUGAGGCUUCUCCCUCACCACCACCGCCGGCGUCAUCACUCUCGUUCUCACCGUCGUCACCGCCGCCGCUGGUCUGAGACAUUCUUUCUUCGGCCCCUCCAGACCUGCGGUGCACACUGGACUGGACCGCGAGAAUAUCCACGCCACCCACUUUUGCUCCUGGGCCCAGCAGCACUCGUCGCGCUGGACAUGAAGCUGGCCCAGCACACGCCUCGCCAUUGAUUGCACAUCCGGUCAUGGACAUCGAACGGCACAUCUUGGACGCCGUGUCGACGGCCUCCGACACGGCCUCGCAGCGCUACCUGGAUGCCUCCAGCACCAAGUCUCCGCAGAAGUCGCCGCUCAUGUCCCAUUUUGCCCCCGGCCAGCACCACGCCAACUCAUCGGCAGAGGACGUGUCGACAACCAGCGAUUCUGGCAAUGAACGAGACUACCAGACCGACUUCACUACGCCCGAAUCGUCCGAAUCUUGCGUGGAGGACAUGCAGCCGUACGAUGUCGAGGACUUUCGAGAUCGCGAAUACCCGCAGUUGAAGGGCAAGACCUAUCUUGAUCACGGAGGCACCACACUUUACGCCAAGUCUCUCAUUGACGACUUCGCCGCCGAUCUCAUAUCAAACCUGUAUGGAAAUCCUCACUCCGCCUCGACUCCUUCCGCCAUUGCUGGGCACCGAGUCGACACCAUCCGGGAGCGCGCCCUUCGCUUCUUCAACGCCGACCCCGACGAGUUCGAUCUGGUCUUUGUUGCUAAUGCCACGGCUGCGAUCAAGCUGGUGAUCGAUUGCUUCAAGGACCAUGCUGCAGCCAGCAACACUCCCGUCUGGUAUGGCUAUCAUCGCGAUUCGCACACAUCGCUGGUCGGAGUUCGCGAGUCCACAAAGAUGCAUCGCUGCUUCACGAGCGAUGAGGAAGUGGAUAUUUGGAUCAACAGCGGAGGUCUGGGUGGUCCACGUGCGAGACAGCUCGGCUUGUUCGCCUACCCUGGGCAGUCCAACAUGACUGGCCGUCGUCUCCCUCUGAGUUGGCCCGGGCGGAUCCGCAAAUCAUUCCACAAGGCUGUGACUUACACGUUACUGGACGCAGCCGCGCUUGCCAGCACGGCUCCUUUGGAUCUUGCCGAUCCUGCAACCGCGCCCGACUUCGUUGCGCUCUCGUUCUACAAGAUCUUCGGCUUCCCGAACAUCGGCGCCCUGAUUGUGCGAAAGGAUUCGGCUCAUGUGCUGGAGAAUCGCAAGUAUUUUGGUGGCGGCACGGUAGAGAUGAUCGUCUCCAUCAACGAUACAUGGCAUGCGAAGAAGGACACUUCUAUCCACGACCGGUUAGAGGAUGGGACGCUGCCUUUCCACUCAAUCUUCGCCCUGGAUCACGCCAUGAACGUUCAUGAGCGCCUGUAUGGCCCGAAUCCUAUGAAGUUCAUCUCACAUCACACAGCACAGCUUGGACGGCGGUUAUAUGAUGGUCUUGCACACAUGAAACAUGGCAAUGGACUUCCAGUUUGCCGGAUUUACAAAGAUGAAAACGCAGUCUACGGGGAUCCAAGUGUGCAAGGUUCGACGGUGGCUUUCAACGUUCAGCAUGCCGAUGGCAGCUUGGUGGGUUUCGAGGACGUCGAGGAGGCGGCCGAUGAGCGCAACAUAUACAUCCGCAGCGGAUCCUUGUGCAACCCCGGAGGCGUUGCGACCUAUCUCAAUUGGAGUCCCGCUGAAAUGAAGGCUGCAUUUGCCGCAGGACAUCGUUGCUCGAACCCCACCCAAGUCAUGCUAGGCAAGCCUACCGGUGUUGUCCGUGUUAGUCUGGGUGCGAUGAGCACGGCUUCUGAUGUGAACGUCUUGCUACGUUUUAUCGAGGAAGUCUAUGUCUCGCACAAAGCAGACGAGCGCAUACAUGCCAACGCUGGAGGGUCUUUGACGGGGCUAGAGUCGCCUCGUUCGGCGGCUGCAUGUCAACUAGACCAACUACCGAGCCUCACCAUCCCUCAUGGAUCUGGGCCCUCUCCCUCCAGGUCAAGUACCGCGGCCAGCAGCAUAGGCAGUGUGAAGGGCUGGGAACAGGCAGGCGCAGUCAUGCCGCCGACACCGAACACCGAUCGUCCUCGAGCGCCCCCAUUCAUUCCGGCAGACUACGUGAAAUUACGGAAGCCGUGGGAAGAAGAGAUGCGGAAGCAGACUCCGAACUAUGCCGCCAUGGAAAUCAAGGUGCGCGAACUGGAAGACAACAGCAUGUUCUCACGAAAUCCUACACCGAGCGUAAAGGCGAGGAAAUUUGGCCGCAGCGUUGUGAACUUGCUCCGAACGAAAAGCCACGCUCAAGAAUCACGACCCGAGCAAUCCUACCCGCGCUGAGAGCUGGCGCCCGUUGGACAUGCUCCACGAGGAGCAUAGCUCGACUUUAAGUUGACAGCUAUCACAGCUGAAUUGUAUAAAACCGACAUCGACAGGGGACUCAAAAAUGCUACUACGGCGUGGGGCGGUACUGAGAUGAGGAAUCUACAGGACCUCAUUGGAAAUCUCAGCAGCACGGCGUUUCUGGGGCGGCAGUCAUGUGAAUUUUACGAUACCACAGGCGGUGGAGAGAUGUUUUGACCAUCAAUUGUUCAUAUGGAGUGAGAUGAGUGAUACGCCACACAUGGCGUUGGCAUUUACUUUGUACAGAUCAAUAAUGUUAUUAGCCCAGCAACUUCUAUCCGUGG